ACUGCGUCAAAAGGUGUGUAUACGGGAGAAUUCGGACAAUGAAAACGCCCGCGAAAUGUGCUGUUUGGCAGGGAUCUUUGGAACUUUGUUAUGCGUACCUGUAAAUGCCUGUAAAGGCCCGGAAACAGGAACUUGUCUGACCACAUGCUGUUAGUUGAUGGCUUGGCUUUUUAAAUGCUAAUUUUUUUUGGGACUGGCUCAAGUUUGCCCCUAUUCCCCUGCCCCCCUCAUUAGUAUUCAGGAAAGGUGAUAGGCUUUACAUUGGGUCAAUCUUCAACAAGUGUUACGGAGAGCAGAGUGGAGAUGUUACUCCUUUACAUAGGGACAAUAUGGCUAUUAAAUCUCUGAGUCCGAACGAAAACAGACUGGUGUAUAUGGCAAAUGAAAGUUUGAAGAGGAUAUUUGAAAAGCUGGAGAUGAUGGACAUGAGGUUGGAUAAGAUGGAGGCUGACAUCAAUGAGCUCAAAGAGGCAAAAGAGGAGCCUGCUUCAAAGAAAUUAAAGAGAGCUGGGAAUAAUUCUGUUGCGGAAGCUGUAUGGAGAUUGCACAAUGGGGAAAGCAACAUACACAAAUAUGACGCACAGACAAGUCAAUCCUCCCCCCACAACCUCGAGGUCAUAAUCUUUUUAAUGGCUGUACCGGACGUAGAUCCUGCUGUUGUUAAAGCAUCCUGCAAGACAUAUUUUGAAACUGUUAGAAGGGGUUACAGGAUGGCCCAAGAUGAGAACAAAGACAAGAUGGAGGACAGCAGGAUCAUUAUGCUCAUGAGACAAAGAAAAAGAAGACUACUGAGCUGCAGGACUGGGGUUCUCCAGACAGAGGAAGAUGCAGCUAUCUGGAAGACUGCAAAAGUUGACCACAUGUCUGAAGAGUUGGAUAUUGGAUGGAAAGUCGGUGUGGGUUGUUCGGGUUAUUAUAUUGUUUUACAUAUAUUAUACACAGGCCUUAUAUAUUAUAUGGGGUUAUUUAUUGUAUGACUAAUAGUAAAAUGUAUUCUGUGCUAAUGUUUUGACUGUGUGUAUAUAAAUAUAUAUGCCAUGUGCCCAGUGUCAUUUACAAAUAAUAAAAAUAACAAACUCAACUUUGUCUAUCUGAUUGUCUUGACAUUAUAACCAUGAACACCAAUGACAAUGAAUAUUAAUAAUGAGUAAUAAUAAACCCAAAUGAGGCCAUAAACUGGACCAAUAGUGUGGGGGUUUAGAGGAGGGACAAAGCAUUGAGAACACCCAAUCCUAUGUAAGAUCUCUGACCAAUUGAAGGAGGCCACUGCCUUGUGUCCCAAAGGUGUGAAAUGCUAAUGUUCCCUUGCAUUGACCCCGACCUGGGGAUUAUUCACCAUGGUAACUGAUGGCCCUAGUGGCUCCCUGCUGUGCUCCAAACUUGGUACAUAUCCAGGAGUUUUCGGGAUUGUGUGACGGGACAGCAAACUCCCGUAUACACACGUUUAUUUGUGGAGUACACAGGAGUACUCAGGAGUUUUACAUGCCCGAUUACAGCUCUUUUCACG